UGCUUUCUCUCGAACUGGAGUCAGUGGCUACGGGGAUGAAGGCGACUCUGUUCUUGGAGAUUAGGGAGAAGAUGAAGAGCGGAUUGCUGAUUAUUCGUGAAUUACAUCCAGAAAGCUGGCCUGUGGAUAUUACUCUGAUGCCUUCUUUAAUAGAGCUAAAAAGCGAUAAAGCUAGUAGAGCUUUCGGCCUUCCGCCAGAGGUCAGUAUUGUGCCUUCUUCCUGUCGAGGACUGCAAUAUCAGCCAGGGGAAGGCUUACAUAUGAGGCUGCUUGUUCAAGCAGAUUUCAGUACAAAAUUGACGCCAGCUGUUGGUAACGGCCUAAAAUCCAAAAAGAGUUGUACUUUUUUCUGUCAAUGUUGCGGGGAAAGUGUAAUUAAUAAUAGGACAUUUCUCCGGGUUCUUUCACUUCCUUUUGAGAACUGGAAUGAUUUGGUUGACGAAUGGUGUUGCCAUCCUAACCCUUUCAACGAUAGCCUGCUUCAUCCCCAAAUUGAUGACUGUUUUCUUGGGCACAAUUACCUCCUGAUUAGUUCAAGAACGGAGUUAUCAGGAACAGAAUCUGGAAGGCUUCAUUCAGAGGAUGAGUGGACUACAAGUAGUGAGUCUCUCUUGAAUUCACAGGCAAAUAGUAAAAUAAUUUGCAAGCGCUGCAAGACGUUGUUGGGAGAAACUAUGCCCUCAGGUAUCAUAAAAUACUAUUUCACAGAAUUGCUUAUUCAGCCAUCUGAAGACAGCUUUUGCAUAAUACCAAGGUCUUCCUUUAUACAAACUGUUGUAGCCAAAUGCUUCAUGGAACUUACAUUUUCUAGAAGCACGUUUAGGUUCAGCAUCCAAGGAAUGGAUGGCACCGUCUAUAUCUUGAUCUGGGUACUGAAUUGUGACACGCUGAUGGUGGAAACGUCAGGAACCCCAGUUUCCAAAAAUGUUUUUACAUUACUUGAACCUGAGCUGUCAUCUCCUGUAAGGCCUGCUGAGCUUCAUAAGGCUGUUAAAGUUCUUUACCAUCCUUGUACUGAGAACAGAAACAAGGAUCUUGUUGAUGCAUGGAGGGAAGAUAUUGGAGUCUCUCCCCUCACAUUUCCAUCAAAAACCUGUUUGGAACUUCUGUUGAUACUAUCUCAGAGUAAUGCUUCGUUGCCUCCUUCUCUUCGCUGGAUGAAUUCUUUCCAGGUUGCAUUUCUGAAAAUGUACCAUGACCUGUAAAGAAAAACAACCGUCUUUUUUUCUGUCAAGAAUUGUGGAAUAUUAGACCUCAAGUGAAGAUUAUCUUUCUCAAAGUGGUACCAACCAUCCUGAAUCAAAAGCUGGAUAUUUCAGCUUUUUUAUUGAUUUUGGAGUCUUCUGAUGUUCAGAAAAUUUGACAGAGGCAAGUUCUUCAAGCAUCGUUGUAAAACCAGAGUUCAGAGAGUGAAUUAAUUUGAAAUGUCAGGAGUCUGAGAUCACUGUAACUAAUAUCCUACUAAUUCCCCCAAGAGAAGUCAAUUAUCUCCUGAAACAACAUCAGCUUUACAAAGAAGGCUUCAUAAGUAGCUCCUUUGCCUUUUUUGAGGAAUUAGGAACCGGCUGCCAGGGACUAGACAUUGGAUAUUUUAAUGUCCAAAUGGAAAAGUAAACUGCAACCUCUUUUGGUAAGCUGUGUUUUAGUUAAAAUUGAGAGUUUCUGCAAAGCAAAGGGGUUAAAACAGGACUUCUCAGAGUGUGAAUUGGGUUUCUCUCAGUACCUCCAUCACCUUCCACUGGAGAAUCUCAAGCAACCUAGAGUGUCACAAUUUUGUAAAAACAAACAAACAACAACAUGUAAUGGGACUUGUGUGGAAAAUAUGAGAGCACUAUCAAAACCCACUUUGAGCUUUGCUGUUCAUUUGUUUGAGUGGUCCCAGAGGGAAGAGUUGCUGUACCCUAAUCUUUAAAAAUUCCUGUGAUGUAUGAAGUAAAAUUGAAUUCCUAGAAGUGAUAGAUUUAUUUAUUCUUUGCACAUUCUUAACACUGAUGAAAGCAAUACUUUGAUUUGGUGGGAAUACUCAACACACAACUUCAUUUAUUAUUUUAGGGAGUGACAGAGUUGAAGAUCCAUUGGAGUAAAGGUUGUUUUCCAUAUGCAUGCAUGAUUUCUCAGUGAGCUGUGAGUGAUAGUUACAAAGAAUUGAGUAUGAAUGAUAGGAAGUAGAUGAAACUGGGAUAUGAUGUGAUGGGUAUACUCCGAUGUGCCCAACUAGAAAGAAUGAAGUUCCUCCAAGAAUGAUGAAGAUGAAGAAGAUUUUGAGGAGAAUGUUUCAUCCUUAGAACUAGACAUGUUAUAAAAAGGAGUGGGAUGUCUCAGAACCAUGCAAGCAGUGGUGAAAUCCUCUGAAGUCUACUACCGGUUCGGUGAGUCUGCUACCAAGCGCACGCUUUGCGCAUGCAUACAUACUUUAUAUGCAUGCACGCCUGCACAGCGCUAAAAAAGGAAAAUUUUGAAGCCUUCCAAGUUUGCAAAGAUAAGUAGAAUAGCAAGAGGAAGGAGUCCACUAGGCCAAAUUAGCUAGAAAGCAGGAAAUUGAACAAUUGUAGCUAAUAUAAAUGCGUAUCACAGCUGAGGUCACCCAACUGAUCAUUGGAAAUACCAUUGGAAUUAAGCAUUUUUUACUACUGGUUCAGGAGAACUGGCCUUUGUUUCCCUAUAUUUAAUAUCAAAAAUUAAGGGUUUUCCCCUUCUUUUUUGGACAACAGGAAAUAUGAAUCCAUGUACUGUAUAUAAGAGGGCCGCGGUGGCUCAGUGGCUAAGAUACUGAGCUUGUCGAUCAGAAGGUCGGCAGUUCAGCGGUUCGAAUCCCUAGCGUCACAUAACGGAGUGAGCUCCUGUUACUUGCCCCAGAUUCUGCCCAACUAGCCCACCUAUCAGUUCGAAAACACAUAAAAAAUGCAAGUAGAAAAAUAGGGACCACCUUGGUGGGAAGUUAACAGUGCUCUUUG